GCAGCUGUGAGCCCCCACGCUCUCGGCACAAAGAUUCAACACCCAAAGUCUCAAUAACAUAAAGCCACGCUAUAGGGGAGAGAAAAAAAGAAAGCGCGUGCCGAACAUAGUACAAACCUAGUCAACAGCGAGAACAGCUUCACUGACCACUGCUUUAAAUCUUAACUGCUUUUGACGAUUAUUAUUUUUAUCAUUAGUUCGAAUAUCUUCAUUGUUUGUUCUCCAUUGACGAAUGUGUUUAACACUUGGGAUUUACUUUCUAUCAAUGUGUAAUCCAGAUCUAAUGUAACGAUAAACUUGAUAAUGUGUGCUUUAAAGGUGAGUGGUGACACUCUGUAACGCGGAUGAAUUCAAAUGUGAGGACACAAAGACUACAGGCGUGUUUAUUUCAAACCUUAAUUAGGCCAAAGUGAAUUUUUGAUUCUAUACUGAAAGAUGCCAGCAUUGAACGGUGUUGUCUGUUUGAUCCUGUGUUAUAUCGGCGGUGUUCUGUCACGUGAUAGAGACGUUGUCCCAACCUACUCAUGUCACCUACGACUUGGUUCCAAUGAAAAGCAAAUCCUGCAUUGUCCUCCUGGACACGCUCUGCAUAUCCACAGUCUCCUGUGUUCAGGGCAAUACCCGUGUCCCUCGGAACUUUUUGACAGCAUCUAUCACUGUGAAGGUGUCCCCUCUUGUGAUAUCUCAAACUUAAAGCUAGAUGAACAGCAAACGUCCACAAUAGACUACGUUUGUGUAUCUGAAGUUUUAUUGGAACGCAAAUGUUCUGCCCAGCUACAUUCUUAUUUUGGCAUUUUAAGAAGACCAGAAAGUGACUCCAGAAAGAGAAAUUUGAAAUCUUGCAACUGGGCUUUAGAUGCCAGUAAAGAGGACAUUAUUUCAAUUAUUUUUCACUAUGCCAGUUGGCACAAUGACUGCCAGAAUGCUGUCAACAUUUCAUACACUCACUGCAACACUAAAAAAUGGCAAAAUAAAAUGUUUUGUGGAAUGGAACCUUCUAGUGUUAAACUGACAUCUUGUGGACCUGUAAAGAUCUCUAGUCGACAAGCCAUUGAUGCGUCCUGGAACUAUGUCAUUUCUUAUCAGAAACAGGGACCUCAGUCUGGGGAACAGUUCUCUAGCAAUGAGCAUGACAGCAGAUCUUCAACAACUUGCAUUCUACCAGACACUUUGAAUCCCAGAAUACCAUCACCUUCCAAGUUUCAGAAGUUAUCUCCUUCACAGGAACCAACAAGUAAUCAAAACUUUGAACCAUCUGAUGGCAUAAUCAAUUUCAUAGAUCCAACAGAUCAUAAGGAUAACAGUAGCCAAUCAGGAAGUAUUUUUAAUAAACCAAAGUUAAUCAUCCUGUAUGUUUUCUUUGGGAUUAUUAUCCUUGUUUUAAGUGUUGCUCUAAUUGCAGUUCUCAUAAGCUAUUAUAGAUUAUCAAAAGAGGACCGAUGCAGUGGAGAUGCCAGUGAGAAGGCAGCUUUGUGGCAGGACACACCAAUGGAAACUUUCCUGACCAACAGCUUGGCUGAUGGAUCUGUUGGCUCUGAAACUAUCUAUCCACUUACUCAAAGAAAUAAUUCUGAUCAGAUUGUGGCCACAGUACACAGUGAUUCUGUCUAUGAAACAGAUGACUUUGACCAUAGACUCAGCAGUGGAAGUGGUAUCUCUACGUUCCUGUCUGGCAAACAGGUCAGCGACAUGAGGGACCUCAUCCACACUUUUCAAACAGGCAACUUCAUUGUCUAUGAUGAUCUUAACCAGCAUAAUUCCUCUGACCAGGCUGAUAUCGGUUACUACCAGAGUGCAGGUAAUGAAGACAUCUAUGAAGAUAUUCGCGGAGAGGAGGCAUCCUACCCCACAAGCAAUAAUAACAAUAGGCAAAGUUCUGUCCCUAAAACUGCAUAUCCAAUGUCCGAGAGAAACUCCAAAGAAAUGAGCAACCCUUGCAGAGACAGGCGCAUCUCUCCUAGCCCAGAUAACUUUCAUUAUUGCAUAAACGAUGAUGAGUAUGCUAUAGUGCAUAAAACAUCAAAGCCCCACAAUGACAAGACCCAGCAACACAAUAGUGAAGAAUUCCCAAUGUUGGCUGGUAGUGUGGACUUCCGACCUACUGCUGGGCCAUAUGACAGGUCAAGAAAUUCUGCUGUUAGGUUUUCGAAAGAGGAGAAAUGGAAAGACAACUUUUGAAUUGAAAUGUCUGAGAGAAACUUAAUUCUGAUGAAAAGGAAUGAAUGUGUGUGAUUUUAAAUUAGGACUUUGCAUUAUAGAACUUUUUUAAAAUGUCAAAAUACUCUUCAUUUUACAUGUAUAUAUACUGUUGUAUAGUGUAUAUAUUAGUAGAACUAUUAAUAUGAAAUGAUUAAAGGUGCUAUCUCAUUAUCAUCACACAGGUUCAAUUUUAUUUGGAGCCAUCAUUUCUAAUGGAAUUGUUCAGUAGAGAUUUAUGAAAUUAUGAAAGGUUACUAAGUCAUAUAUUUUAUUGCCCCAACAAUCCAGCAGACUAAGGGAUAGGUAAAAAAAAAAAAGUAUCUUAAAAACUAGCAAAUACCUUAACUCUAUAUCCCUGGUACUAGUAAAUAUUUUUCUAAACCAAACUCAUCAAUUCCUAAUAUUAGUAAUUUAAAAAUGUUAAAACUUCCCUGUAAUGUAACUAAGAUAGAAAAUAAAAUCACAAAAGCUAAAUCUAAUCUUGAAAACUUAAAAAAGCUAAAUCUAAUCAUUUGAACUUAAAGUUCUAGUGAAUGAAAAUUUAAUAUCACAAUAGAUCAUCCAUAGAUUAUAGUUUAGGUCUUUAGUUUAAGAUGUAACCUUAAUUAACUAAAAUAAAUUAAACUGCAACUAAAACUUUAUUUGUUCACUAAAUUUAGUCCAAAACAAGUUGGUCACUUUGAGCUCCCACUGUGUCCACUCUGAAAGUUGCAUUAAGCUUUUCAAAUUAAUAUUCUGUAUAGUUAUCUAAAAGAACACUGAAUGACAAUUAUUGAUUUUGUUGAUUGCUACAAAAUAAUUUGUUACCCCUUAGCACUACCAUUUUAUUUCAUUUUUUUUUAAAUCAGAAAUUUAAAGUAUUUAACAUUUUUUUUUUACAUUAUUUUAAUGACCUAAGUUUUAUUAAAUUAUUCCUCAUUUUUCAUUUCAAGUAAAUAGUUAAUAGUCCAAAUAAUUUCUUCCACAUAUGCAAAUUUAGAGCCAGGAUAUGAAUGAGGCUAUUGGUGUCAUUUUUGACUUCAUUGUUAAACUAGCAGGCUACAUAAAAGUAGCUUUCAAUUUGUAUACAUUUGCCUUUUCAAAUAUAUUUACAUGUAGGGCAGAACUUUAAAGGGAAACUGCCACCUGAAGUGUAAUAUUGUAAAUUGUGUAUUUUUGAGUGCCUAAAAAUGAUAAAUUAAUUUUUUUACUUUUUUAAAAAAUCUUAGCUCAUGUACAAAAUUUCUGGCUAUAAUUUCAAAAUAACUAUUCAAAUAGUUUGAACUACUUUAAGGAAGCCUACUAUGUCACUAUGUCUAACAUUAGUGUUACUAUGGUUACCAAUCUGUAGCAAUGUAUCUUUCUUUUUUUUGUUUUUUAACCUUAAUGAUUAUUUCAAAAUGCUCUCAAUAAAACAAAAUACAGCAGAGCUCAAGGACUUCAUUCUCCAACAGAAGGGUCUAGAGUUUCUUAAAAUAUACUCAGCAAAUCUGAUACUAAACAUUUUUAAAUAUAUGUAUCCAUUGUGUCGUAUCCAUUGUGUGCAAUAUUAUCAUAAAUUAUCAUUACAUUUCUAAACAGAAUUUGAUAUUCAUUUCUAUUUCGGAUGAUUUUGUUGACAUCUCUGUAUUGGAGAAGGUGUUCAUUUUGUGUUGCUUACAAUUCUCAGUGCAAGUCCGAGGCAAAUACAAAUUUAAGUUGUAUCACUGCUGUUAAAAUGUUGGGUACUGCAUAAUGCUUUUGACUUUUGAUAUGGCUGGCAACAACAUUUUAUUUGACACUAUUGUUCAUGUGCUCCUCUUAUCAUUAACUGCUGUCAAUUAAAUAAUUAAUAGCAUGGCAAUUUUGUUUGUUUGACUCAUUUUUGUGAGCAAAUAGUUUUGCUCAUAUCUAUUCUGCUCAUAACUUUUUUGCUUACUUCAAAUAAACAUGAAAAUAAAUAAAUAAAACCAAGCUCACACAAAAGAAACCAGACAACAUUCUGCUCUGACAUAAGUAUUACCAAAACAUUUGUUUAAUAUCUUCACAUUGGAGUUUGGACAAAUGUAGAAUCAGAUAAAAAUAUGUGAAGUUUUGUUUGUGUUACAUAACCUUUUUUUUUUGUACAUAAAUUGUUGUAAUGAAUAAAUAUUUGCAACAAUGCUCUCUGUAAUUUGAUGAAAUGAUGAUGACAUGUGUGUGUGGAUGGAAACUGUUCUCUUCAUUUAAAAAAAACAA